AUGGACGUUUCGCCGGAAAUCGAAGGCUACGACGAGAGUUUCUCAGAAGAAGACGAAAACCUGUGCCGGAUUUGUCGAUCGCCGGAGGAACCAGGGAAUCCGUUAAGGUAUCCGUGCUCGUGUCGAGGCUCGAUCAAGUACGUUCACGAAGAUUGUCUUCGUAUCUGGCUCAAUCGCCGCGGAAACACCAAAUGCGAGGUGUGUGGGCGUAGCUACUCGUUUGUUCCAGUUUACUCCGAGAAUGCUCCGGAGAGGCUUUCUUGUUACGAGUUUGUGAUUGAAGUGUUAGUGAGAGUGGCACAUUACUUGAAGUUGAUUGUUCUAUGGAUUGCUGUGAUUCUCUUCAACACAUUCUGCGCCUCCUUGCAUACUUGGGGGGAAUUAUGGGUUGUUGAAGCCCAGAGUGAGUUCAUGUCUCGGAUGUUGACUUAUCUGUGGGUUAACUUCUUUUACAGCAGUGUCAUCGCUUGUUCUAUCCUCCUUUUCAGUGUUUUAAGGAUUGAAAUAGGAGAUUUCAGAGUCGGGGGACUUCCUGGUUGGUUUCUCGCUGAUGGUGAAGGAGGAGUUGUUGCUGGAGUUUCGCACUUCUUGUGGAAGUAUUUGAAGAUCCUUGUUGAUUGGUAUUUUUUUAAACUCAUGCACUACUUGGGGCAACCUCAUCGAGUUAUACUUGUUCCUCCGGUCACUCUACUUGAUGAGUUUGGGGUUUUCCGGAGGCUUCUUUUCUUUUUCGAUGACCAUGUCUUUGCUGGCCUUGCCACCAGCGUGUAUUUUUGUACCCUCCUUGUUCUUCUGCCAUUUUCAGCUGGAUGGGUUGUAUCAACAACUGUUGGAAGCAGCUAUUUGUCUGGAAAACCGCCUCUUGUUGUUGGAUACUUGAUGGUGCAGCUGAUGCUGUCAAUUCGCUUGGCUUACUUUGGAAUCCUUUACAUUCUCCAUCAAUGCUCACUGGCAGUCAUAGUUCGAUGGCUUUUGCUGCGGUUUCACUUCAUAACAGUGACAUUGCCAUGUCACUUGUUGGCUUUCUUAGUAAAGGCCUGCAAAAACAUAUUACUCAUCAAGGAUGCUUUUGUCUUGAUAUUAAAAAUUUCUGCUCUGCCUUGGAUUGUUGGUUGGUUCCUCGAAAUCUGCACCUCCCCUAUGUUUGGAACCAGGAGUUUUCAGAUAUUUGAGAUUUUUGCACACAACCCAUGCAUGACGAUGGCCUUUCGCUGGCUUUUGGGACUCUCUUGCUUGAUGAUUGCUGUCACUUUCAUGGAACAUAUCCAAAAGAUCAUCCAUAAACGAGCCUUUUGGUAUCUCUUAGAUGUCACCGAUCCAGAAUACAAGAUCACCAAACUGAAUCUUCGACACAUUUUAUUUGUGUUUGCUUUUCAUGGGGUAUUAUUGGUGAUUUUGUUUCGCUUACCCAUUAAAGCAAUUACACUUAUCAUCCCAUCGUUUUUCCCUCUUGAGUUAUGGGACACCGAUGAAAGUCCUUAUUUUGGUGCUGCAUGCGCAAUUUAUUUCAAUCUAAUGCAUGCGGGGCCCAGAUGGUUAAUCACACUUACCAAACCAGCUAUCGAACUCAUACUUGACAAGUGGAUUAUCACUGUUAGUUCUUGGCUUCAGCUGAGUGACUUGUUGUUAGUAGUGCCCCGAGGAGAGGACUUUCACCGUGCCGACGAGAAUGUGAUGCCACCAAGAAUGCCUUAUGAUGAUGACCCUUGGGUUCUAUUGUAUAGCUUAGCUGAAGGCUCUAUCGUCACUGUUUAUAAAUCACAGAAUGAUGAAGACGAUAUCAAAGAGCAAAGACAUAGCAGGUAUCGGACGAGGAUUGCUAUAAUGUUGUUUCUAGCUGCUUUGAAUUUGUUUCUCAUCUUUAUCAUACCGGGAUUGCUUGGCCUACUUAUCGACCUUAUGAUCAUCAUCCCAUUACGAGUGCCACCAAACGAAACACCACUCUAUUUCUUGAUCCAAGAUUGGUUGAUAGGAGUAGUGGUGGUUCACAUCUGGACCUUUCUGACAAUGCUCACGCCUAUCAAGUGUUUUGCAACCAAGGCAUGGCGAAGGAAGUUCGAGAGAAUCAGGAACGUGGGACUCAAAAGGGUUCCUUCAAUGUGGCUGCUUCGAGAUGUGAUUGGUUCCAUCAUAAACACGCUUCUAACCACACUCUCCAUCCCUUACGUGCUCGUGAAGUCUCUGCUCCCGUUGCUUGGGUUUUCACAAACAGUCGUUGCAGCUACUGAGCGGUUUAUUUGGCCAGCAUCAUUAGGCUUGAUCGUGAUCUGGUUCAUGACCAAGCUAACACUUGAGAUCAUUGUCUACUUGCACCAGUUGAUCUUCAAUGAAAGGGAAAUACACACAGUGACGAGCUUUGCCUUUCCUAAAAUGGACGUUUCGCCGGAAGUCGAUGACUACGAUAAGAGUUUCUCCGCAGAAGAAGAAGAAGAAGACGAAGACCUGUGCCGGAUUUGCCGAUCACCGGAGAAACCAGAAAAUCCGUUAAGGUAUCCAUGCUCCUGCCGAGGCUCGAUCAAGUUCGUCCACCAAGAUUGCCUCCGUACCUGGCUCAAUCGCCGCGGAAACAACAAAUGCGAGGUGUGUGGGCGUAGCUACUCGUUUGUUCCCGUUUACUCCGAGAACGCUCCGGAGAGGCUUUCUUGUUACGAGUUUCUACUUGGAGUCUUAUCAAGAAUAGGACGUUACUUGAAGAUGAUUGUUCCUUGGAUUGUGUUGAUUCUAUUGAACAGUUACUUUGUUUCUUUACACCCUUGGAGCCAAGGAUUUGUUCCUGAGUUCGAGGAGGAUGAUCUCUCCAUGUCUCGCAAGCUCGCUUAUAUCUCCACUGGCCUUUUAUACAGCGCUAUUAUCGUGUGUUCGAUGACUGUUAUCGCUGUUAUAAGGUUGGAGGUUGGAGAUGUCUAUCUCAUGAGGUUUAUUGGGAAUGGUGGAUUUGUGCAGUUCUUUUGGAAGUAUAUGAAGAUCCUUUGUGAUUGGUAUUUUCAUAAACUCAUACAAUUCUUGGGGCAACCUCCUCGGCUUAUCUUUCUUCCUCCAGAGGCGCCGCUUCAUGAGUUUGGGGUUAUCAGACGGCUGCUUUUCUUUCUGGAUGAUGAUGCCUUUGCUCUUCUUGCCAUAAGUGUAUAUGUGUCUAUCAUCUUCGUUCUUCUGCCAGUUUGGAUUGGAAGGAUUGUGUUAGCAACUGUAGGAGGCAGCUAUUUUUCUGGUUACUCGGAUGUUAUUCUUGGAUACAUGAUGAUGCUUUCAGUUUGCUUGGCUUACAUUGGAUUCCUCUUCACUCUCCAUCAGAACUUGUUUCCAGUCAUGGUUGGGUGGCUUUCUCUGGGGGUUCACUUCGUAGCAAUGAAGUUGCCAUGUCUCUUGUGGGGUUUCUCAGUAAAAUCCUGCAAAAGCAUGAAAAGUCUUGUGGGUUUUGGAAUCAGUCAAGCCUCACUUCCAGACAUAUUCCAGUGGUUUUCUCUAGGAUUUCACUUCAUAACAGUGAUAUUGCCGAGUUUCUUGUGGGUUUCCUCAGCAAUGGCUUGCAAAAGCAUGCAAAGUCUUGUGGGUUUUGGAAUCCGUCAAGCCUCACUUACAGCCAUACUCCAGUGGUUAUCUCUAGGAUUUCACUUCAUAACAGUGAUAUUGCCGAGUUUUUUGUGGGCUUCCUCAGCAAUGGCCUGCAAAAGCAUGCAAUGUCUUGUGAGCUUUGGAAUCCGUAAAGCCUCACUUCCAGACAUAUUCCAGUGGUUUUCUCUAGGAUUUCACUUCAUAACAGUGACAUUGCCACGUUUCUUGUGGGUUUCCUCAGUAGUGGCUUUCCAAAUCCUAGUUGUCGUUAAGGAAGUUUCCGUCUUUUGUUUUAAAAUCGGUGUUCUGCCUUGGUUAAUUGGCUACUGGCUCGGAAUCUGCACCUCCCCUUUGUUUGGAACCAUAUUUUCCGAGAGUUUCGAGGCAGUUUCACACUUGCCAUUCAUGAUGUUCAUACGUUGGUCUUCUGGAAUCGUUUGCUUGGUGAUUGCUGAGUCUUGCAUGCACCGUAUUCAGCAGAUUGUUCAUAAACGAGCAAUUUGGUAUCUCUUAGAUGUCACGGAUCCAAACUACCAGAUCACCAAAUUGAAUUUCUGUCACACUUUCUUUGCGCUUGCUUCUCAUGGGGUAUUGUUGGUGUUUUUGUUUCACUUACCGAUUAGAGCAAUUUCACUUAUCAGCCCAUCCUUUUUCCCUCUUGAGUUAUGGAUGGCUGACGAAAACCUUUCUGCUGCUGCACACGCAAUCUAUUUCCAGCUACUGACGUCCUCCCCAAAAUGGUUAUUCAAACUUGUCAAACCAGCUAUGGAACUCCUAGUUCAGAAGUGGAUUAUCACUGUUAGUUCUUGGCUUGAUCUGAGCGAUUUCUUUCUGGUUGUGCGCCGACGAGAGGACUUACACCGUGCUGAUCAAAAUAUGAGACCAAGAAGGCCGUGGCUUCUAUUGUUUUCUAUAGCUGAAGGCUCUUUGGUGAUUUUGAAUGGAUCUCAGAAGGCUGAAGACGAUACUAAUGACCAAAGAGAUAACAGGUUUCUGCUGAGGAUUGCAUUGAUGGUUGUGCUAGCGGCUGUGAGUAUGUUCGUCGUUAGUACAGCUUUCAUGGCUUUACCUAUUUUUCUGGGGAGAGGAUUCCUUGAGUCUAUCUCUUUCAUCAUGCUAAGAAUUGGACUCAAACGUGACGAUCUUCUUGCUUUUUGGAUUGGAUAUAUUAUCAUUGGACAAACCUAUACCGCUACUUGCUUUGUAUCCGAUCAAAUUCAGAAGGGAAGAUUCGAUUUGCUUCUCAAAGAUGUCUGCAUGUGGAUACGAAAUGGGUUGCUUUUCUCCAUAUGGAUCUCUGUCAUACCUGUGUUGCUCGGUCUACUCAUCGAACUUAUGAUCAUCAUCCCAUUACGAGUGCCACUAAAUGAAUCACCGGUCCAUUUCUUGAUCCAAGAUUGGCUGAUCGGAGUAGUUGUGCUUCACAUAUGGGUCUUUCUGACAAUGCUCACGCGUAUCAACUGGUUAGCAACUGAGGCAUGGCUAAGAAAGUUGGAAAUAAUCAGCAACGCGGGAGUUAAUAGACUUCCUUCAACGUGGCUGCUUCGAGACGUGAUUGGCUCCAUCAUAAACACACUUUUAACCACACUCUCCGUCCCUUACCUGCUCGUGAAGCUUUUGUUUCCGUUGCUUGGCUUUUCAGAAAGCGUCACUUCAACUGCUGAGCGGCUUAUAUGGCCUUCGUUGUUAGCCUUGGUAGCGGUUUGGGUCAUUGCCAGGAUAACACGUGAUUUCAUCAUCUACGUUCACCAACUGGUCUUCAAUGAACGGUACUUGGUGGGUGAAAUACUUGACAAUUUGACUGAAGAAGAAAUAGAGCAGCCGAUAUAAUCCAUAGAGUAUAUGACAAACGAAGAGACUCUUUUGUCGAUAGAACGAAUCAAAAUGUGUCUUUACUCUUUAGCAAUGCUUAGGUUUCUAACAGUAACUAGAAGAAACCAAAUUUUUAGGUUCGUACUUUGGAUAUGAUACAAUAUGAUCUGAACCAGCCGGUUUAAAAUGUUGGUUUAACCUCGGUUUAACAAACGCAA